UCUUCCAUUUUGAUUUUCCAGGUCAAACAGGCAGGGGGUAAAGAGACCAUGACAGUGGGUUAUGUAAUGAAGCGUUCUCGGGAAGAAGAUUUUGCCAAGAGAGGUGCCUUCCCAUUGCGUCCAACAGAAAAUGGGUUGAUAUUUUUGCCCCUUAAUUAUGAACUGCCCAUAUCAUAUCAGUUGCAGCAAGUUGAUGCAAUUCUUCACAAAGCAACUGAUGAGAUUGUGGCUGUUGAAAUGGUCAGUUCUGCAGAAUUUGCUAACCAGAUUACUUUCACAAGAAAUAUGGAGCAGUUGAAAAGGUAUAUUGAAUGCCAACCAGAUUGCUGUGUAAUCGAUCCAUUCAGUAACAUUUACCCUGUAUUGGACCGUCUCAAAAUUCAGCAGAUUCUGCUUGGUUUGGAAAAUCUCAAUAUAAAAGGCCACUGUAAAAUUAGGGGGCCCAAUUUUCUCAAGGUUGAUAGCUUUUAUGAGCUGGAUUUAGAACAAAGUCUAGUUGAAGCCAAGUUGGCUCUUCCAAAUAUAGUGAAACCUCAAGUUGCUUGUGGUGUAGCUGAUGCUCACAGUAUGGCAAUUGUUUUCAAGGUGGAUGACUACAAGGAUCUCGAUGUUCCUCUUCCAGCUGUUGUGCAGGAGUACGUGGAUCAUUCAUCUUUGCUAUAUAAAUUCUACGCCUUGGGGGGGAAGAUAUUUUAUGCAGUUAAGAAAUCUACACCUAAUGCAGAUACCUUGAUGAAAUUAUCUGAGGAGAAGGGACUCAAACCAUUGCUGUUUGACAGCUUAAAAUCUCUACCCAUUGCUAAAGAAAACCUGCAAUCUGGAUGUCAAGAGCACCUCAAUUCCAAUGAUCAGCAUAUUGAUCUUGGCCUUGUUACUGAUGCUGCAGAUUGGCUUAGAAGGAUGCUUGGCCUUACAAUUUUUGGCUUUGAUGUUGUUAUUCAAGAAGGCACUGGUGACCAUGUGAUUGUGGAUGUGAAUUAUCUCCCUUCAUUCAAGGAAGUUCCUGAUGAUACUGCAAUUCCUGCCUUUUGGGAAGCUCUAAAGGAGAAGAUUGAUUCAGAAAAGAGUAAACAACCUAGAAAAGCUUCUUGAUCACACUGGGGAUUCUUGGUUAUGAAGGCAAGUGUUGUAAAUCAGCUAAAACCAUUUUGGCUUGUUUGGUAUGUUGAUUGGAUCCCACCAAAUGGAAUUAAGAAAAAUAAGUAAAAAUUUUGUGGGUAGUUGUUGUCCACUGGGUAUUGGGACCAGGUGAACUUUCUUUGUGAAAAAUGAACAAAAUUAGACGCAAUUAUGAAGUUUGUUAACAUUUUCAGUUAGUUUGGCAUUCAAUUCAAUGAGCUAGUUUGUAUUGAAAUACUAUAAUGUGUAAACAACUUGUAUUG